AUGAGUAGCAGAGAGAAGAAAUUAUCAUUGCCGGAGGACAGCUAUUUGCCGGAGGAAUUGUUGACGGAGAUCUUGGCAAGGCUACCGUCGAAAACCCUCUUGAAAUUCAGGUCUGUAUGUAAAACCUGGUGUUCUUUAAUCGAUUCCUCGGAUUUCAUCAAACUUUACAACAACACUUCAAAAACUCAUUAUUUCAUAGCAAAUGGAAACGUUGUACACAAGGGAUGUAUAUUUACAGUUCGUCAUAUUGACACAUUGAUGAAUAUUAAAAUUGCGAACAAUGUGAGAUUGCCUGAUUCAUACUCGAUUUCUGGAAGCUGUAAUGGGUUGAUUUUGUUGAGAAAUCGUAGCAGUAGCAAUGAGGUUUUGUGGAACCUUGUAUUAGGAGGAUUUUCCCCUUCUAGUAAUGAUUAUAAGGUGCUUGCCAUUGAUAAAUUCAGAUUUCAUGAGGUCCCAAUUGCUGUAUAUUCACUCGUUGAUCGCCUUUGGAGAGUUAAACCGAAUCAGGCUAAUAAUUCCGAUUGGGGUUUAUCGUCGGGGUUUGAAUAUUGUGAAGAUGAUCAGUUUGUUAGUUGUAGAGGGGUUGUAUAUUGGAUUGAAAGUAAUUUCUACUACAAAGCCGGUGUUAGUCAGAAACUCUACUUGUUUAAUUUUGAUGUCGAAGAAUUUAGUGUUAUGCAACUGCCUGAUGCUGUGAAAGACAGCAUUGUUAGGUUCAUUUUUAAACAUGGUGAGUCCUUAGCAGUUUUCAGUAUGUCCUCUGAAAGAAGCUGCAUAUGGGUUUUGGAAAAGGAUGGUGGAGAGGAUCCAUGGAGGCUAUGGUUUUCAGGAGAUCCGAAUUCACGCGUUUCCAAGUUGUUUGAACGUUCACCUGUAAAGACGGUCUAUGUUCAACACAGCAAUACAUUUUUGUUUAAGACCUCUCACGCUAUAAUGUCUUAUAGCAUUGCAAGCAACCAUGCACGAACUCUGGGGAAAAAAUCUAUGGGUUGUCAUAGUUCUUUAGCGACUUAUGUAGAAAGCUUGGCAAAGAACCAUCAGUGA